AUGUCGAGUUCGUCGGAAAUUUUGAAAUCUGGCAGAUUUAUGCCGGCAAGAUCAUCGGAGAAGUUGAACUUCUCUCAGAAGUGUAGUCGCUUGAGUCAGUACUUGAAAGAGAACGGUUCGCUCGGAGAUCUCAGCCUUGACAUGAAUCGCAAUUUGGAAUCAAACGGCAUGGCGAAAACUUGUCGUCAGAGAGUCGCUUCGAUGCCAACGCCGACUAUGAAUUUGUUCCCUCAGCAAGCUGGUUUUGGUUCCAGCUUUACCAAGGAAGAACUCCCAAAGACGGCCGAUUUCAGGUGUGUGUUAAAUUUAAUUUUGCCCAUGGUAACGGGGACUUAUCUAUUGGGUUUUUUCCUGUAGUUUGCCCAUUUCUCUAACGGCAUUGUUGCCUUAUAAGUAAAAUACUUCUCCAACUGUCGUGAACGGAGUAUCCCGAAGGUUAAACUAAUGAAGAAUUUCAGAUUUGAAGUAAUCAACUAAAUUUCAUUGGAUUUUGCUAAUUAUUGAACCAUAAAUUCAUGCAGUAAUAGCAAUAAAUAAACCCUAUUGCAUUAAGGAAUUUGUGCUGUUAAUUUACUGAUUGUAUUUUGUGUGAUUCGAUUGUUUUGCCAGUGUGAACAAGACUGAGGUAGA